AAUUCGGGGUUUUAUUGCGGCAGCAAAUGUAGCCUGAACCCAGGAACACGACACGAAAUAAACAAAAAAACAACAGUUCGUCCUCAACAAAAAACCACAUCGAAUUUUUGUGCUUAAGCUUGUUUCUAUAGUGCGUACGUUUCUGUUACGGACGGGAAGUAGUUGGCCAUGUUGUACAAAUGUUGUUAUUAGUGAAAGCACCGUAGAGAGAGUGGAAGCAAAGUGCGAAGAAGGCGACUGUUUAGCCCGGAUACGAGUUCUUGUUAGAGUUAUUAUUAUAUAUACAUAUAUAUACACACAAAAUUAUACACCAUAUAUACAUAAACACAAAUACGCGCACAAGCACAUACUACCUAGGCUACACACACGCAUUAGGCCCCGCAUCAUCCUCGUGCUGCACCACCGUGUGUUUUUUGGCAAACGAAAGUACUCACAAAUAGCCGAAGAAAUAAAGAAAGGACUCCACUCCAAAGCGCGGGUGGGCGGGGGUGGUCGAAGCGAACGCGUGCGUGCCAGGCAAAAACAGAAAACAAUCCUCGUGAAGCAACGAACUAAAAAAAUCCGAGCAAGAUGGGGGAAAUGGAUAGGAAUAAUAAAAAGAUUCUCCAAAACAUCAAGAUGCCCGAGCAAAGCAACGACUACCGAGUGGUGGUGUUCGGUGCCGGCGGUGUUGGGAAGAGUUCUCUAGUCCUGCGAUUCAUCAAGGGCACGUUCCGGGAGAGCUACAUUCCUACGAUUGAGGACACGUACCGGCAGGUCAUCAGCUGCAACAAAAACAUAUGCACACUCCAGAUCACCGACACGACCGGAUCGCACCAGUUUCCGGCGAUGCAGCGAUUGUCCAUUACCAAGGGCCACGCGUUCAUACUGGUGUACUCGGUGUGCUCCAAACAGAGCCUCGAGGAGCUGCGGCCAAUCUGGAGCCUGAUCCGGGAGCUGAAGGUUUGUGGGGUGGCCCCCCGUUGUCGGCUCGAUCACUUACCGCACCAUGUACCGUGUUGCUUGCAGGGUGAGGAAAUCUCGCAGAUCCCCGUAAUGCUGGUGGGCAAUAAGUGUGACGAAAGCGAAGACCUGCGGGAGGUGACCAACAUCGAGGGACAAACGGAAGCUGCCACCUGGGGGGUAUCGUUUAUGGAGACAUCUGCCAAGGAGAACCACAAUGUGACCGAACUGUUCCAGGAACUGCUAAACAUGGAGAAGAACCGCAACGUGUCCCUGCAGCUCGACGGGAAGAACAAGAAGAAAAACAAGAAGAAGAUGAUGAAGGAGCAGGCCAAGGAGGAGAAGCUGCUGAAGGAGAAGAAGGAGAAGCAGAUGCAGAAGGGCAAGGAGAAGGACAAGGACAAGGAAAAACAGGCCAAGGAUAAGGACAAAGCUAAGGACGGGAAAGACAAAACGGGAUCCAGCAACGCACAGCAAUCGAGCGCGGCGGCGGGGGCGGCAGGGGCCGCAGGUGGCGAGGGGAGCGGUACACUGAAGGAGAAGUGUAAAGUGAUGUGAAAACCGGGCGUGACAGAACGGCCAAAACGGCAGCAUGUACCACCGAUCGGCAGGAACUGCCGUGGUGGUACGCUUCCUACGCACCAAAUGGCUAGACGCGGCGGAUAGAUCCGUGGAAUCGGAACUCGUUACAUUCUUGAUAUUAUAUUUGAAACAACCACACAAAACACACAAAUCAACCGAAGGAAGGAAAGCCAAGGUAUUCCGCUGGUGGCGCAAUUACGGUCGUGUGUGCGCGGUCUGUAUGUGUACAUAGGUGGAUGGUGUGUGACGGAAGGUAGCGGAAAACACCACUCACCGGCGAGACAGGACGGAACCUGAACGAUACUCCUGCAGAUUCCCCUCAGGCAGACGGUGUCAGAGCGUGAUCGUCAUCGACCAUGAACACCAAUUCCGCGCGUACUUCGAAUACAAUGCACACCUUUGCCACCUCCUCUAUGGACCGAAACACUCAGACGUAUCUCAACACGUAUGCAAGAAGCAAUCGCUAGGACACAGGGACAGGAAGGAUCGUGAUCGAGGCGGGCGGGCGGACGGAUGUAUCGAGAUGUAUUGUUCGUACGACAACCAGCAUACAUUAUAUACAAAGAAAAUACCAAUUCUCUUAGCUAUAUCUCUUAGCUUACCUAAUAAUACACACGAAUCGAAUAGACGCUUAAACUGAAGUGCACUAGAUAUAACAAAGCAACAGUAGGAAAAUUAACAGUAACAAUAAUUAUAUUUUGCUUCAAAUAAUAAACCGUUGAGAUUAUCACUAGCGU